UUGCGCUGUCGGUGUGCGGUUGACGAUUGUCGAAAACAUUGUCUUCUUCUCUUUUAUUUAUUUGUAAAGUUUUGUGUGGUUUAGUUUGGUUUCUUUCUUCUUGAGCUUCUUUUCUCGCCUAGAAUUUGGUCCAGUAGAUAAACGGGACUGAGUGAUGUCUGAAUUUGGUAAAUUUGGCCCUUUGGUUGGCGCUAUAGAUGAGGGAACUUCAAGCGCAAGAUUUAUUAUUUUCAAAGCAAAUUCAACGGAAGUCGUUGCAUCUCAUCAAAAAGAACUAGAACAGAUAUUUCCUCAAGAAGGUUGGGUAGAACAGGACCCUUACGCCAUUUUAGAAGUUGUAACAACAUGCAUACAAAAAGCUGUGGAACAACUGGAGAGUCUUGGCGGGAAAGCCAAGGACAUAAUAGCGGUGGGUGUCACCAACCAACGAGAAACUACCAUAGUGUGGGACAGAAACACCGGUGUGCCAUUACAUAAUGCCAUUGUUUGGUUGGAUAUGAGGACCAAAUCAACCAUCGAUAAACUUCUCGAUACCGUGCCAAAUAAGACAAGAAAUAAGAGUUAUCUAACACCACUUUGUGGAUUGCCUAUGUCCCCAUAUUUUAGUGCUGUAAAAUUGAGAUGGCUGAGUGAUAAUGUGGAUGCUGUUAAAAAUUCCAUGAAAAAGGGUACAUGCUGUUUUGGAACUGUUGACACUUGGGUAAUUUGGAAUUUGACAGGUGGCCCAAAUGGAGGAAAACAUGUUACAGAUGUCACUAAUGCUUCAAGAACUAUGUUAAUGAACAUAGAAACUUUGGAAUGGGAUCCAUUGUUGUUGAAGUUCUUUGAAGUGCCUAAAUCAGUUUUACCUAAAAUCAAAUCAAGCUCAGAGGUGUAUGGGUACAUACCGGAAGGACCUUUGAAAGAUGUUCCCAUUUCUGGCUGUCUCGGAGACCAACAAGCUGCUUUAGUUGGACAAAUGUGCCUACAGAAGGGUCAAGCCAAAGCAACAUAUGGCACUGGUUGUUUUGUACUUUACAACACGGGAGAAAUCAGAGUAAACUCCAGUAGAGGGUUGUUAACUACUGUUGCAUAUCAAUUGGGAAGUAAAAACCCACCACAUUAUGCCUUGGAAGGAUCUGUAGCCAUUGCCGGAGCUGCAUUAGGUUGGCUGAAAGAUAACUUAGGGCUUUUGGAGAGUGCCAGAGAUUCACAAGCUAUUGCGGAAAAGGCUACAGUUAAUGGUAGUGUGGUAUUUGUACCAGCUUUCAGUGGAUUGUAUGCACCUUAUUGGCGUCAGGAUGCGAGAGGUGUGAUUUGCGGAAUUACUGAAGACACUAAUUCUAAUCACAUCAUUAAAGCGGCACUGGAAGCAGUUUGUUAUCAAGUAAGGGAUAUUUUGGAUGCAAUGAAUCGAGACUGUGGUAUUCCUCUUCAGUUUUUAAAGGUAGAUGGAGGCAUGACUUCUAAUGCGCUGGUCAUGCAGAUGCAGGCAGAUUUAGUUGGAAUAAACGUAAUAAGGGCUGGUUUUACUGAAAGCACUGCUUUGGGUGCUGCGCUGGUCGCCUAUUGGGGGGUUAACAGCGAUACUCAGGGAACGCCCAUCCCAAUGACAAUCGGCAGCAUCUAUACACCGAGCAUAAAUGAGGACGAGCGUGACAUGAGGUACAAACAGUGGAAAAUGGCUGUGGAUAGGUCUCUUGGUUGGGACCAAAAUUGAAUAUGUGAUAGUAUAAAUGAUAAUGUGUUACAAAGAAAAGUGCCCUGAAUGGAAAUGAAUUUGAUUAUUAUUAUUUCGUAAUAUACAUUAUGUAUCCUUACGAAACAUUAAUUAAUGCAUUUACUUGGUUUAAGUCAGGCACGUCCGCAUUCAACGCACUCAACAUAUGGCACAUUUUGUUAAUUGGUCAUUCUGAAAUUUUGUACUUUAUUAUAAAAAAAGACCACGAAUCUUCUAUUACAGAUUUGUGAGUAUAUUCCUCAAAAACUGACCUUUAACGGCUUAUUUAGAUGUUCGACUAGCGCGACGUUAAUUUCAAUAUUUCUACGAAGCUGUUCACUGUUGAUGCGAACUGCCAAGAAGUGGAUGAGAAGUCAUGUAUAAUUUUCGACUUGUAAACAGAGCAUAGUACAAAAUUUUCGAAAUCAUCGUCUAUUUAUUGAUGCCAAGUAAAUAUUUUCAUGCAGGGCCUUUUUUUUACAAAAUUGUGUUAAAAAAUACUACUCAAGUACCUACUGUAGUACUACAGAAAGCAAGUCUAUUUUUCCGUCAUUUUUUCGUAUUUUUCUUUUUACUACUCACUAAAAACACAAGACAUGAAUUACCUACAUACGGGUAAACCUACAGUUAGAAUUUAAACGUCUGUUGAGAAAUUCUGGCCGAAAUUGUUUGUUUUUUACGUUUCACGUUAAUUUUAUUGUCAUGCUAUCCUAUUAUAAGUUAUACCUUAAUAUCUUUAUAAUAUACUAUUAAUAUAUACUUACCUACAUAAUUGCGUUAAGUUGUUAUCUUUUGUUUUAAUUUGAAAUAUAGUGUUAAUGUUUUAAUGAGGCCAAAAGACCAAAUAAUAUUUUCUUUAUUAUUUAAGACACUUGAAUGGUGAGACCUUUACAGCGUUGAUUUUUCAUAAAAUUCAUUCAUUCCAUACAAUUCAUUCCAAUGAUUAACAAUAUUUGAUAAAACAUAUUAGUUACAUAAAUAUAGCGAUGCAGUUUAUAAAGUUUUGUGUCGAAUAAAGCUGUAUGUACUAAAUAUUGGUUAUUCCCAAAGGUCCACGUUUUGUUUUUAUUUCCCGCCGGGUCCAUGAAAUUCAAACAUUUUGAUAGAAAAUGCUUUUUUAUUUUUGAUGUCGUGGACCCGUUGGGAAUUGAAGUAUGAACUCAACAGUAGAACUGUGGAGUCUUUAGGAAUAAGCCCUAAAUAAUGGCAAAGUGCGUGUCGUGCCACGCGCAGUGCAGGGUUUCGUAGUUGUCUGUCGCUACCACAAUAUAUACUCAACAUCAAAUAAACCGCACCUUCCGCGACGCGAACUUUAACGAUUUUCUUCUGACACAAUCAUGGUGCCCCAACAAUAUUGGUGUUAUUUGAAAGCCCAAUAAAUAUCCUUAAAGAAAAACACAUUUCAUUUCUUAAUAAAUGAUUAACAUAUACCAUAAAUGUGACUUGAAAAAAUACCUCACUUUGGGCCCACCUAUGGGAUCAAUUAGACCAAUUUUUAUGGUUAUAAAACCAAAUAAUGAUCUCACGUGUCCUCUUUAACAGAUGGAUAGCAAUUAAACCCAACUUAACAGUUUUAUAGCCAUAAAAGUUGGCUCUAGCGUAACUACCUAUUUUUGGAAGAAGUGACUCUGGAUCCUUCUAAAGACACAUUUUUGGGGUAAAAACCUUUCCUUUAAUGAAAUGAAGGUUAGAAUUAGGCUUUUAAAUGGUACCAAUAUUGGUGGGAAGUGGGGAUGCAUACGUUUGAAAAUGCUUGUCGCGGGAGGUGCGAUUUAUUUGACGUCGAGUGUAUUUCAGAAGCAAGCUAUUACUUCAUCUAAAGUCACUCUAAAUAUUUUCUUCAAGGAUUUUUUAUUAGGUAUGAAAUUUUAUAAUACAUGACGGGGGACGACGCCCUACUCGAACAAAAAUUGGCACUUUAAUAUUUUGCAAACGGAUCCCGAAAUCGAAUUAUAGUCUUAGAAACCCCUAAGCCAUUUUAAAAGACCUAUCCAACGAUGCUACACUCGAUGGAAUAGAAGAUGAAAAAAAAUCAUCCCCACUUUACAUGCCUAUAUUCCCACUCGCCCCCGCGGGGAUUGCCACCAGAGGCAAAUGGAGCAAUUAUUUUUUUUAAAUUUUAUUCUACCACUUUGUAGGCAUGAUUAAUAUACAUACCUCCACAAAAUUACAGCUCUCUAGUGCCAAUAGUUUCCAAGCAAAACCUCGGAUGGAUAGACAAACAGACAGACAUAACGAAACUAUAAGGGUUCUUUGUCAGGACUACGGAACCCUAAAAAAACAGUUCUUAUGCCAUAAGAACUUAGAUGUAAUUAACUUGCGUGCAAUCGCCAAAUUAUGUAUUUUGCCUUAUAAAUAUUACUUAAUAAUACAUUACUGAAUUAAAGAUGCCACAAGCAUAUUUAGCUAAGUACGAGGGGCUAAUGGGACUUAUUAGUAAUUUGUGCAAAACAAAUUACUAAUAUUCUUCUUAAAAAAAAUCGACUUGUUCAAUGGACAGAACAGCAGACAUGAAAAUUAUGCAUCGCGAUAUUGGUACUUCUUUCUUAAUAACUAAUCCCAACUAAUAUUAUAAAUGCGAAAGUAACUCUGUCUGUCUGUCUGUCUGUUACGCUUUCCCGCUUAAACCUCGCAACCGAUUUUGAUGAAAUUUGGCAUAGAGAUAGUUUGAGUCCCGGGAAAGAACAUAGGAUAGUUUUUAUCCCGGUUUUUGAAACAGGGACGCGCGCGAUAAAGUUUUUCUGUGACAGACAAAAUUCCACGCGGGCGAAGCCGCGGGCGGAAAGCUAGUUUUAAAUAAUUAUUGCUGAAAAUUCAAUUUGUACUCUCAAAUGUUCUUCCCUAGGUUAUCUAUCUAGGUAUACUACUACAAAUUACUUGUAUUUUGAACGCUUACUUGCGGCAACAGUUCUCCACAAAGUGUCUUAUUUUGUAAGUGAUCGCAUAAGUGCUUUACAAAAUAUAAUAACGAAGUCAGUACUCUUGACGGAAGGACAAUAUUGACAAAAAAAUCUCAUUAAUUUAAAAUUCGAAAAAAUUUUUGCGCUCAUCACCAAAUAAAAUUAAUCAAAUAAUUUGUAUUUGCCAGCAUGUCAAACUGAAACAUUUAAAAGUUCUAAAUUUAUUAAAUGACCUUUUUUUUACUUGUUGGCAACUGUAUUUUAAGUACUAAUUUCACCAUAAUAUGUUUGUUAAGUCCUAAUACAUAUGUGAUUAACUUAAAAGGGUUGUUAAUAUUAACAGGGCUGUUAUGGUGCGUCCACACUGAGCGAACGGGCUCGCGCGGCAAACUCGACAUCCUGCUCACUCAAGACCAGGGUGAGCAGGAUGACCAGCGUGCCGCGCUGAUAUGUCUCAUUACUGAUAUGUCUCACGGGAUGAAUACAACAGACCAUUAUCAAACCAAAAAUUUUACUAAAUAUUAAUUUGCUAGUCGUUUACUCUUUUUUCAAGCAACCGAAUCUCCAUUCAUAAAAAGCGGUGAUUAGAUGUAAUUGCCUCGUCAUGAAUUUAAUACCUUGCAACACGUGGUGGACACUUGAACUUUGACAGCCCGGUUAGUGAUUUUACAGUACGUUUAAUAUUAAGUCUAUAUUACAUAUAAUACAUUAUACAGUGUGAGUCACGAUAAAGUGCACAUAUGAAAAUAGAUGAAACUAGACCUAUUUUUAUCGACAAAAAAGCGGUAUUUUUUUUUAAAUUUUUUAUAGAAUAUUUUUUCUUCCAAUUACUUAUUGUAAAGAAAACGUAAUAACGUUUUUAUUUUAUCAGGAUAUACCUCUUAGUUUAAAAGUUAUUACGUUUUCUUUGCAAUCGGUAAUCGGAAGAAAAAUAUUCUAUAAAAAAUUAAAACCUCUUUUUCUAAAGGUCUAGUUUCAUCUAUUUUCGUAUGUACACUUUAUCGUGACUAACACUGUAUAUCUAUAUCUAAGUCAAUAACUUAUCAUUUUACAUAAGACUAAAUCACGCCUCAUUGUUGCUACACUAACAAUUGGUUGAUUUUUUUACUGAAACAUUUGCUAUUACAUUAAAUGUUAGUUAUCAUGAAGAAAAUAAAUCAAGAUUAAAAUAUGAUGCAAAUUAUACUUAUAACGAUCAUGUAAACAACAAUAGAAUACAAUUUUGUUAGAAUCUUACGAAAAUAGCCUUAAAAUUAAACUGUUGAUAUCGCUAAGUAAAAAAGACAUUAUUUACAACGAUUUACAAAAGUAAUGUAGCUUUAUUUAAGUAAUUAUUUUUAUGAUAUAUUACCAUAUUCUAUUGUUAUAACUUUGUUAGAGGAAAUAUAUACGAGCAUUGUAAUAGUAAAA